AUGAUGUCAAUGUACGAUAUCCCACCCUCCCCACCUGAACCGGUGCACGUGCGUGUAUACCGCGACAGCAAACACAAAAACAAAUCACAGCACUUAUCUGACUCAACGCGUAUCAUACCGUCCAAACGGAAACCAGGGGCUUCCUUCGUGAACGAGAAGGCGAAGAAACACUUGACCAUUCGGAAAAGACGUCUGCCGGUGCAUCAGCUUGCUCUUUUGCGAACUACAACAAGUGAUGGGUUGCCCCAGUCGAGUGAUAUGGAAGUUACUUUUUUUGAUUCUAUUGCGGUGGUUGAUCCCAUAGAGGACAGUCAGCUUGAUGGGCCGAUUGCGGAUCCGUCAGGCGGUCCUAUAUGCAACAUAGUCACAUUGAGAAAAGCGCCGCUUCCCCACACGAUAUGGCACUCAGACAUGCGCAGCACACCUAUAAAGGGAACUCCAGACAGAGCUUAUAUAGCCGAUGAAACGCCCAAAGGGACGCGUAGCCCCAAACUAAAGCAAAUCCCAGGUUUUCGUGUCGCUCAUGAUGGGCGCAUUGAUCAUGAGCUCCAAACCGCUUCGAAGAGGCAGUCAGAUCGUCAAGUCAACUAUGUGUCGACAAGAACACGGAGACCUGGCAUCGCUCGCACUCUCACACUAGGGAGUGGACCAUUGCCAUCGCCUGCGGAUGCAAGUCCACAUAUUUCACAUGCUAUGCAAAUGGAUAGACAAGAAGUUCCUGGAUCGCGAAACCCACAUAGGCUUCAAAAUCGGUUGGCAGACCCGAAAUUGAAGCAAUUGAUACUCCUCAGCAGUUCGGAGUAUUUGCGAAGUUGA